AGCGUCCGAUCAUUCCAGUAAUGCAUGGCAAACAAGUUGUUCAUCCUCGUGCUAAGUAGUGCACUCCGACUAUCUUGAUAUGCAGGGUGUUCUGUCGACGUGAAAAACAGAUUCCGAAGGCGUCGUGCUGACGCUAUGUUUUUACCUAUAAAAUGAUCUCUCAUGUGUCACUGGCGUCGUGUCCGCAACCAUUACAAACGAUGCGGUCAUUAUAUUGACUUGCCCGACGUCGUAAUCCAAUGCGACGAUCGUAACUGCAAAUUCAGUACAACCCAUCCUAGGAACUGUGUUCCUCCGCGUUGUACCGAAACGUGCUGGCAAUACCGUCAAUUUCCUCAGCAAUACAAUCCCGUGAUCGACGAUUACUGCCCUUCGUGCAUCUCCAGAGGCGCAGAGCCGACUGGCAAUUCUUCUAAAUACUCUUGACUUGUUGAUAAUGCUGUCGUGCUUGUUGUAAUGUU